AAAAAAACUCUCAAUUUUUAAGAAAGGCAGAAGAAAAGAGUUGAGCAGAAAGCCUAGAAACCCCAGUUUUCACUAGGUUUGCCAGUUCAUAGUAAGACAGCUACAAUGACUGUUAUGUGAUUAACCGAUUGACGUUAGUGUUGCAUGUGUGUGACCCACCACAUAAUUGUCAGGAUUCCAGAUAUCUGUCCCUGUGAGAAGGCUCAAGAAGAUAAAAGCUGUGCUGGGGACAACUCCACCAGUUUAGUGAAGACAGAAUUUGUCCAGAGAAGCCAGUCCCUGUGCACCCGGGCAUUACAAAUCUCCACUUGCUGGCAAUUCCACCCAUGUUGCAUCAUCCUCCCAGAUCUACUUUGCGAUGGGCGCGAGAUGCGAGCCUAUAAAAAAGGGAAAACAUGCGUUUACGUUUGCGGGGCUGCGGUCAGCGAAGGAGGAGCGCCGACCCGGGAACAGACUCACGACCAGAGGCGGCGCCGGGACCGCAUUGGCCAAGCCGGCGCCACUCCUCGCCAGGAGAGCCAGGCGCUUGGGGGAAGUGGCAGAGCCCGACAGCGGGAGGCGGAGACGACCUCAGCUGCAGAGGAAACAUGGCUGAGUACUCGCGGCUGCACAACUCCCUGGCGCUGAUCCGCCUCCGAAACCCACCGGUCAACGCGUUCAGUAUUGCAGUACUACAUGGAAUAAAAGAGGGACUGCAGAAAGCUGUAAUGGAUCAUUCAGUAAAAGCCAUUGUGCUUUGUGGAUCAGAUGGCAAAUUCUGUGCAGGUGCUGAUAUCCGUGGUUUUGGUUCUGCUAAGAAGCCUAAUAUCUCACUAGGAUAUAUAGUAGAUGAAAUACAGAAAAAUAAGAAGCCUGUGGUGGCAGCAAUCCAAGGUGUGGCUUUAGGAGGAGGAUUAGAACUCGCCCUGGGCUGUCACUAUCGGAUUGCCCAUGCAGAGACUCACAUUGGCUUUCCAGAAGUCACUCUAGGAAUUCUUCCCGGUGCCAGAGGAACCCAGCUUCUCCCCAGACUCAUUGGAGUUCCUGCUGCUCUUGACUUAAUUACCUCAGGGAGACGUAUUUUGGCAGAUGAAGCUUUCAAAUUAGGUAUUCUAGAUAAAGUUGUGACCUCAGACCCAGUUGAAGAAGCUAUCAAAUUGGCCCAGAGAGUUUCAGACCAGCCCUUUGAAUCCCGCAGAAUCUACAAUAAACAGAUUCAGAACUUGCCCCAUAUGGAUUCCAUUUUCAGUGAGGCCCUUUCAAAGAUGAGAAAGCAGCACCCUGGGUGCCUUUCUCAGGUGACUUGUAUCCAUUCAGUCCAGGCUGCAGUGCAGUAUCCCUAUGAGGAGGGCAUCAAGAAGGAGGAGGAGCUGUUUAUAUACCUUCAGAGAUCUGGGCAGGCCAGGGCCCUGCAAUACGCCUUCUUGGCUGAGCGACAUGCAAAUAAAUGGUCAACUCCCUCUGGAGCAUCCUGGAAAACAGCGUCGGCACGACCCAUCUCCUCAGUUGGAGUUCUCGGCUUGGGGACAAUGGGACGAGGCAUUGUCAUUUCUCUUGCAAAGGCCAACAUCCCUGUGGUUGCUGUAGAAUUAGACAAGAAGCAGUUAGAAACUGCAAAUAAGAUAAUAAACGCCACUUUGGAAAAGGAAGCAUCCAAAAUGCAGCGGAAUGGUCGUCCUUGGUCAGGACCAAAACCCAAGUUAACUACAUCUAUGAAGGAGCUUAAUAAUGUAGAUUUAGUCAUAGAAGCAGUCUUUGAGGACAUGAAUCUGAAAAAGCAGGUUUUUGCUGAACUGUCAGCUGUGUGCAAACCAGAAGCUUUUUUGUGCACCAAUACUUCAGCCCUGGACAUUGAUGAGAUUGCUUCUUCCACUGACCGUCCCCACCUGGUUAUUGGUACUCACUUCUUCUCGCCAGCUCAUGUCAUGAAGUUGUUAGAGAUUAUCCCCAGCCGACACUCUUCCCCCACGACCAUUGCCACUGUUAUGAACUUAUCAAAAAAGAUUCAAAAAUUUGGAGUAGUUGUAGGCAACUGUUUUGGAUUUGUUGGGAAUCGAAUGUUGUUUCCUUAUUACAAUCAGACAUAUUUCUUGCUAGAAGAAGGCAGUACGCCAGAGGCGGUAGAUCGAGUGCUAGAGGACUUUGGUUUCAAAAUGGGACCUUUUAGAGUGUCUGAUCUUGCUGGGUUGGAUAUAGGUUGGAAAUCUCGAAAAGGGCAGGGUCUCACUGGACCUACCUGCCCUCCAGGAACUCCUCCCCGGAAGCGAGGUAACAGGAGAUAUUGUCCAAUUCCUGAUCUGCUCUGUGAAUCAGGACGAUUUGGCCAGAAGACAGGUAAGGGCUGGUACCAAUAUGACAAGCCAUUGGGUAGGAUUCACAAACCUGAUCCCUGGCUUUCCAAAUUUUUGUCACAGUACAGAGAAACUCAUCACAUCAAGCCACGCAUCAUUAGCCAGGAUGAGAUCCUUGAGCGCUGCUUGUAUGCACUUAUCAAUGAAGCAUUCCGUAUCUUGGGAGAAGGAAUAGCUGCUAGCCCAGAGCACAUUGAUGUUAUCUAUUUACAUGGGUAUGGAUGGCCAAGGCACAAGGGUGGACCCAUGUUCUAUGCUUCCACAGUUGGGUUACCCACAGUGCUAGAGAAGUUGCGGAAAUAUUACAGGCAGAAUCCUGAUGUUCCCCAGCUGGAGCCAUGUGACUAUCUUAAAAAACUGGCUUCCCAGGGAAACCCUCCCCUGAAAGAAUGGCAAAGUUUGGCAGGACCCCUCAGCAGUAAAUUGUGAUUUCACCUUCCAGGUUAUGCCUCACAUACUGACGUCAGGUAAUAUUCAGAUAAUUUCAUUGAAAUUGAAUCCAAAGAUCUAGAGUAAGAUUACUCUGAAAUACAAAAAAUAUAAAUAAUUUGUCAGCUAAUUGGGUCUUCUGUGUGAUGAUUCUAAUGGGUUAAAUCUUUAGGAAUGAAUCUGUCCCUAUCAGAUAAAUUAUUUCAAUUCCAAAGAUUGAGCCUUUGCUAAUACCAUAUAGAUAAGGAGAGAGCCUCAAGAAUAAACUGAGGCUCCAAAGUGCUUUGAUCAUUAGAAAAAUAUGUCAUCAAUUAAUAACUAAUAAAUACAACUAACUCAUAAAUUUACUUUGACCCCUUUCAACUUUACAUACACAGCAUUGAUAGGAAAACUUAUGGAUCCUUCAUUCAAAAAACAUUCAUUGUAUACUCCCUUUGCAUUUCGCAUAGCACUUAGCACAUUUUGAGUCUUGAGGGGGAUUAAGCCAGCAUGGAAACCUGUGAUGAAGUUCAGAUCACAAUCUAGAGGUAGAGCAGAGAUGGUUGGUAGGGUCGGUGAGUAGUAAGGGUCUCUGCGAAUGAACAUGGAAAGCUUCCCAAGGAAAGGCAGAGGUUGUAGCCAGAAGGAGAAGCAGGGUAUCAAAGGCAAAAGUGUUAAGGUUAUGAGCAAGACACAGUUGGGAAUUGGUAAAGGAACUAAGUACAGCAGACCAGAAUGGGGAACACAGGUAAGUUGGCAAGUCCUGCUCAAUCUAUCAUUCUAUCCAAGGCUGUCACCUAUGCACACUUGUGCUUGUUGCUUAGAAGGGCUCAGUAAAGUCGAAAUUUUCCUUAAGAGCAGGGGAUGGCCACAACCUGGUCUUUAUUUACCCUUCUAUUCAUGGAGAUUUCUAUAAACUAAGUUGCUGAUUUAGUGUAAGAAGGAAACUUUGAGAACAUCAACCACCUCUGAUUCUGUGAUAGAGUAAUGAUGCCAAUUUCCCUGGCACAAUAAACCUUUGUGAUGUUAGAUGUGAAAAUGGUUGAGUCUUGAAAAACAUAAACUUAUUGCAAAACAAAUUUUGUAUAAUUUUGUUAUAAGAAUAUUUUCCUUUUAACCUUUUGCUUUAUAUUGUUAAAAGUCAAGAGACUGAUCAACACAAAAAUUUGUACAUAAAUAUUUAUAGCAAAAUUAUUCAUAACAGUCAAAAAUUAGAAACAUCUCUACUGGGCAUAAACAGAUGAAUGGAUAAACAGAAGUAUGGAAUAGCCACACAAUAGAAUAUUAUUUGGCCAUAAAAAGGAAAUGAGGUGCUGAUACAUGCUACCUCAUGAUAAACCUUGAAAAUAUUUUGCUAAGUGAAAGAAGCAAUCACAAAGACCAUAUGAUAUGGGCAUUUAUAUGAACUGUCCAAAAUAGGCCAAUCUAUAUAUAGAGAAGGUAGAUUGGAGGUUGCCUAAGGCUGGAAUGAUGGGGGUGGGGGCACAUGGAAUGGGAAUGACUGCUAAUGGGUACAGAGUUUUUGGGAGGUUAAUUACAACAUUGUGAAAUGCUUAUGCUUUGUGAAUCUAUUAAAAACCAUUGAGUUGUAUACUUUAAAAAGGUGGAUUAUAUGGUGUGUAAAUUGUAUCUCAAUAAAAUUGUUAAUAAAUAAGUAAAUAAAUAAAUGUA